CUGUCGUGUCCUUAUUUGAACAACAGGUGCAGUGACCACCCACUCUGACACUGGAAGUAUCAGACUGAUGAUAUCACCUUCCGCAUCCCAUAUUCAUCUUUGUAACAUGUUCCCACGAUAAUAGUGCUGUGUCAAACUGAUAUGAUCCUUACUCAGUGUGAACAGAGAACAUUUAAUGCACAUUCUCUGGGAUGUGAUAUGCAUGGUGUGCAUGCUAAUCUUCACGAGACCUUCUUACGGUGACCACGUGUUUCUGAGAAGGAGGCAGGGAUACUGUACAUGAACACUAAACACUGGACAUGGACACGAACAGUGUAAUGGCGGCCGGCUACUUUAUUAUCAUCUUUCACAUGUACAGUCGACCCGCUUGUGGAAUAUGUCCCGAUAAAGGAUUUCAAUUGAUUAACAUAUGUCGGCGUCCUCAAGACGAGUUCACCUUCACCGCGGGCAGCAUCCGUCUUCUCCCGAAAGACCUGCAACCUCACCUGUCUAUGUGUGUCUGUCAGUUAACGGUAAACAACUCCAGCCCGGAUUUACUAGUCACAAGGCGCCACUACCCUACCAUGCAGCAACUGUUUGACAUAUACUUACUGACCCCUGAUUUUACAGCAAAUAUUGGGAAUGUUUCAUUUACUAGUAUUGGAAAACCUAUUGAUGAAGACAGACCUUGGAGUUUUGUUGUGCAGAAACGGAAUUCAUCACGUGGCGCUGACGAUGACCCAUCUGAGUACUGUUUCUCACUACGGGCAUCAGACAAAACAACCUUAUCUCUACACUGCGAAACGUUUCCACAUCGAGCUUCAGAGAGUACAACACAAGUUUCAGUGACGGUGCUGGCCAGCUGUCUCGUGGCUGUUGCAGUUGUGUGUUUUGUUGCCGGAGUUGUCAUCGCAUAUUUCUGCUGCAGCAGCAGCCGGUUACGCGUGAGGACCCUGAAGGGCGAGACGACUGUGUGUCAGUUCAGAGAUAGUGGGAUCCACUCCAGCCAUCUGGAUAACCAGCACAUUGCCGAGGAAGUCGACACUUCAAGCGAGUAUGCUACGGUAGACUGCCGGAAAUAUGUCAAUGGGGUUCCGGAGGAUGUCGUGAUGAGGAUGACAAAGCUGAAGGCAACCGCAGACACCGACAAGAGCAGCCUUGUGACCAUGGAGAAUGAUCUGUAUGAAUGACGGGACACGGUCAGCUGACACAACAGCCGAGGCCAGUUGUUCCACUCAGGUCAUCUCGACAUAUCUUUGUGCAGGAAUUCACUCAGAUUAUUACGAGUGAUAGUUCAUGGUUUUCACAGGCGCCUUUCCCGAGCGUUUUACGUUUGGUAACCUGGUAUCACCUCUGCCUUUUGUGGUGGUAACAUUUAAAAUUACCUUUUUUUAGUGAGAGGCUAGUGAAUAUUUGAUGAUGAUGAUGAUGAUGAUGAUGAUGAUGACGUUGUUCCAGUUUGUCUCUUUGUUGUUUGAACAUGAUGACGUAUGAUGCCUUUGGUUUCCACUGCAAUAUUUUCACAUACUUUACUGACGUAACCUCGUUCGUGUGGAUUUUAUGUAGCCAUUACAGACAUGUAUGAUGUCGAAGGAAAAUCUGAUGAACAUCCGUGGUGGUUUCAAAAACUGAGAUUAUAUAAAUCUGUUGCGAUUGUUUGUGAGUUUACAAGUUCACUGUUUUGUUACCCAGUUCACCACAUGAGUGUUGCUUUAUUUAGUACAAUAAACAAAUUGAAAUAGUUUAUGAUAUUAUUGCUUGAGGAGAUAUUGAAUAUACAUGAUGAGAAUAAGUAGAAAUAAAUCUCUUUAAAAUCG